UCAAAUUUUAAAGGCAACAAAAGAAACAAUUGGAAUAGUUUGGAUAAAAUUGAGAAAGAUUGUAUUCUUGAUGAGUAUGAAAACCUUUUCAAAAAUCUUCCAGUCUACUCAGAUCCAUGCACUGAGCCAUCUGUCAAGUGUGAACAUUUCUGCAAAAAUAUGGCACUUAUGCAAAAGCAUGCUAAAGAUUCAGCAAUUCUUCAACUCUUGCAUUACAUUUCCAGUCCAGCAAAGUUUUCAUACGGCAGUACUUGGACUGUUCCUUUUUGUUUGAAUGGAGCUGAAGUAAACAAGUUUAACCAGCUGCAGAUAAACAAACCAAAUUUUAAUGAUGGUUCCAACCAAACCUACUAUGGCUAUGAAUUCUGUAAAUCAGUUGAACAACGUAUAACAGAUGUUGGAAUUUGCACCACUUACCAUGAUGUUCAAAACAUGUUUCCACCAAAAGGAACUUUUGAAACCUUUGACACUGGAAUUACCUUAAUUUUGGAUGCAUUUUCUUACUUUUACUGGGCUAUAGAAAAAAGACACCUAAGAGAUCCUUAUGAAAAGGUAUAGUAAAAAUGAUUUUAGAAACUAACUUUUUUAAUGAAUAAACUUCUUAUUUUAGUCUUACAUGUCUGAGUUUCCUAAAACAAUGUUUGAGGAUGACCGAAUGGAAAAUUUUCAUAUUGUUCUCCACUCCAAAGGGGAUAUUCCUCUUUUUCAAGGACCUGCAGAUUAUAGGAUCUAUCUCAAGAAAGGAGAGAAAGUGUCUGAUAAUUUCAUGACAGAAUUUAGAAUUCCAUUUUCAGCAAAAGUAACAGCUGCUGAUCAAAGUCUUAGAAAAUACAGCAUUGAAAAUCGAAAAUGCAGAUUUGAAAAUGAACUUGGUGACAUGAAACUUUUCAAGACGUAUUCAUAUAUAAAUUGCAUAUUUGAGUGUAAACUAGAAAUAGUAAGAAAGUUGUGCAAUUGCUUACCAUGGUAUCUUAAAAUUGAAAACCAAACAGAACCAGUUUGUAACCUUUUUGGAAAUAAAUGCUAUGAGCAAAGUACGAUAAGAGCAAAUCAACUUCUUGAUUUCAGCAAUCCUUUUAAACCAUCAUGUCAUUGUUUCCCUGAAUGUGAGAGUGUAACUUAUAAAGCUGCAUUGGAUAUCUUUGGAAUUCCCCCAGUUCUUAAAAAUCCAAACCUUCUAAGCUUGGAUCUCGAAGAUACGGAAUCAAUUUGGGACAAUGAGACAAAAGUUAUAGAGUAUGAAAAGAAAAAAUUUCUUUUUGACUAUGUAGCUGACAUCUUCAAAGGAGAAAACAGCCAGCUUAUCUACUAUUCCAAUCUAACUGGAGAUGUGGAUCCAAUCUUUAAAGGAACACCAUACACAUGCAGAGGCAAUGUUUACAUAAAUUGCCUGAUAAAGUCAAGAGGCAGAAAUAUAGCAUCUGUAUUGCUUGACUUUCAGAACAAUAACUUCAUCAAGGAACGGUUGAUUGAAAGAGUGACAGUUGGAGAUAAGAUAUCAGCCAUUGGUGGAACUCUUGGCGUGAUAAAAAACAUGAUCCAGGCUCAGCUGACGGAUCCAACUCUCUCCAACGCGAUCAGUUGUCUGGUCUUGACAGACAGAUAUCUUCUUCCGACACAGUACAUUGUAGCAACAACAGAGCCCAAAAAUUAA